UCUCUGAUUAUUAACAUGCAUAAUUCAUGAGGCGAUUGUUCACAGUUGGCGCGUCUCCGCUGCUGAGCAACAAGAUGGCGGCCGCCGCCGGAUCAGGCGUGAAAGUCCCCCGUAACUUCCGGCUGCUGGAGGAGCUUGAAGAGGGUCAGAAGGGUGUUGGAGAUGGAACGGUGAGCUGGGGUUUGGAAGACGAUGAGGACAUGACCCUCACACGCUGGAGAGGAAUGAUCAUCGGACCCCCUAGGACCAUCUAUGAGAACAGGAUGUACAGUCUAAGAGUAGAAUGUGGACCAAGAUAUCCAGAAACGCCCCCUUUUGUUCGUUUUGUGACGAAGGUCAACUUGAAUGGAGUGCAUAACUCAAAUGGUGUGGUAAGUUCAACGGAGUACUGA